UACUCGGGCAGCAUGAGCAGUGACCACACGCAGGCAAAUCCCAUUGCCAAAGGCAAACCAGACAUCGGCCUCCUCCAUUAUUGCAAACGUUCGUUUAAUUUCUUUCAGAGUUUUCACAAAAAUUAAGGAACCAUGGAAGAGGACGUCGGAAGGCCGGAGGUGCUGAUGAUCAAUCGCUACGUGAGGCUUCUGGCCGCCAACGGGAACAUUGCAAGCGCUCUGGGAUUCCUGGCGUUGCUGUGGUCCACCGUCGUGCUCCUCGGAGGCUUCAUCGACGAUCUCCUGCUCAAGGAGUUCUGGGUCCUCACUGCACUCAGCUUCCUCAUGGCAUGCAGGAUGGCGGAAAUUACUAACAACGAGCUCCGUAAAGGGAUUUAUAUGGAAGAGGAUGAAAUCAUUGAUACUCUCCGGCAACAGAAAUGGUUCGAGGCGCACAAGGUUGUAAUCGUGCUGCGUGUGGUGCAAGUACUGAAGUGGAUUUUUAUCGUGUGUUUUAUCCUGCUCUAUCUUGUUUCGCCAUUUGUGAACCUGGGGAUCGCAAUGUGGCGUCUUGUACGACGACAUUAUGGCGAUGCGGGUGGAGAUAUUGGCAACAGAUCAAAACUGAACGCCGCACUGGACAUCUUCUAUGUCCUAAUUCUGUUCCAGAGUUUGUUCGCCUUCUACUGCAUAGCCAUUGACUUGGUGGAGAAUAUAUUGAAAUCACGAACGGAAAAACACUGUGGGCUUGAAGAAAGGCGUAAAGGAAUCGUUUGGCGCUACGCUUCAGAAACAGCUAGGAAGUUCAGGAAGGACGGGGAGCUGCCUGGCAAUUGGAACUUGAUCGCAUACGGUGUAGAGAAGCUCGAGUCUGCAUCUGGGGAUGACCAUCUAUGGGGAGCAAGGGUGUUAGACCAGUUGUUCAGUAAGGAUAAGUCUGUAAGACAGGAGCUGCUAUCUUCCAGGAGCUGUAUCCAGAAUCUGAUCGGCAUGAUUGGUCGGAGAGGUACAGCUGAUAACGUCGAGAACAGAGAGCGUGCCGCAAGGAUUGUAGCACACCUUGCCAGUGACCUCAAUAUAGCUCACUUCCCGGGUACACUGCAAUGCAUCUGUUCCCUACUUGAAAGCUGUAAUACGCAAUCUUGUGAGCCACAAGCUACCGAUCCGUCGGAGGAGCCAGAGGACCAAAAUGGUGCUGACACAGUACUGCAGAUCAAGGACCAAACUGAAUAUGAAUCUGGAGGACCCAAAGAACUGGUUUCUCAAGGCCUGCUGAUUCUCGAGGGGCUCACACAGGACGAAGAGAACUGUGCAGAGAUAAGCAAACACCCAAGGCUGCUCUCUAAGAUCACAUCACCACUGCUGAUUUCUCAAGGCCUGCAGAUCCUUGAGAGGCUGACACAAGAUGAAGAAAACUGUACAGAGAUAACCAAACACCCAAGGCUGCUCUCUAAGAUCACAUCAACAGUGAGCAGCCAUAACUUCCUCAGCAAUACGCGAGACAACACAAUGGUUGAAAUGCUAAGCAGGUCACUCACAGUGGUGAACAGGCUACUUACCAGUCCUGGUGAUGGCGCCACAAGGCUGCGCCAGGAGAUGGCAGGUAACAAGGAAGCUGUCAGCAAUCUGGUGGCUAUUUUGGAGACUGACAGUGAAGGUGCCCAAGAACUGCAUGAACAAGUCCUGGAGGUCCUGGCAGAGUUAGCCUUUGAUGGUUCUUUCACAAAACCAGCUUUUGGUGAGUCUGAAUGCAUGCUCGACAAGCUUUUCAAGACCCUGCAACGCAUCUUCCUUGAGGAGAAGGAUGGCAAUGCUGUGGUGGGAGAAGCAGACAGAGAGAAAGACACCAGACUGAGGGGAAAAGCAGGGGAAGCACUCGCCAGAUUGCUUCCCGUUCGCGCUGCAAGAGAUGCUAAUAAUGUUGCUGGUAUACUUUCCAAGCAAGAAGAGAUCAACCUAUUGACCAAGGUGUUCGAUCACAUAACAGCUACAGGUGCAACCAUAGGUGCAAACAAUGAAAGGCAAUCUGAUGAAAGAAAUUUGUUGGCAGCCAUGUUAUCCCUCGUCGUGGUGAUAUGCAAUGAACACAUUAUCAGUAGAGAAGAUUUUGUUCGUGCCAUCCAUGAAGAUGCAGCACUGGUGAAGAAGCUCGCGCAGGUACUGAAAGUAAACAAGCAAUGCACGGCUGAGUGUUUGAGAGUAGCGAAGCUUACCUGCCAGGUGGUGAUAGCUAUGGUUCAAGCCAAGCCCAGCUUCGUCCAAGAUUUCAAUGAACAUAACUUCAAGGAAGAACUGACCGAGGCUUUGGAAAUCAUGUCGGAGGUUGAUGGCUGCAUGCUCUUUGCUUCUCUUGUGAAGGAAGCACAUAAACUCCUAAACAGCGCACAAGAACAUGGUGUUCGUCCAACAGAAUUUCAUUAAUUAAGCUACCACGGCCUUCAGGUUGUGUUUGUGAUCAACAAUCACACUGAAAAACUGAGUAACCUUCAAGAAAUUGAAAUCCAUGAGUUGACAGGAUCUGAACAUGAAGUUUCUUUUGUGAAGCGACUAUUUGAUCGGGCAACAGCAGUGAACAAGGUGAUAAACUUCAGAGUCAUCAACCACACUGAAAGCAAGGCCAGGAAUAUGCAUGGAGAAUGAUGCAUCGUAACCACAAGAAUGUACGUGUUAUAUGCACACGAAGACUUCUAGUAGUAGAAUAUGAACCAUGCAUGAAGUUAUAUGUGUAUCAGAAUUUUGUAAUUUCUAUUUUGAUGCCUGCUGCAGUGCAUGACAACAUGAAAAUGCUAGCACGCAGCUCAUUGAAAAAUGUGGAAUCCAUUUACCUUAUGGUUUAUUCUUAUUAAUGUUGUGUUUCUUA